CGCUCGGGCGCUAUUCUGUUCUUUGCUUUGCUGAUGAGAUUCUAAUGCAACGGAGCCCAGUCGAGCUCAGAUUAUGCCAUUUCAACUCUUCGGACCUGAGAACCACAUAAACGGCAUGGGCACAUACGCAACGCCGCAUCACUCCUACCGUAACCUCUUGUAGGCAGGAAUUGUAUUUCCUUCAGUCAGUUCAGAUGGCAGAUCUUGAGCAAGGAGGAGCAGCCUCUCCCCGAGCCCAGCAGCUCUUCUGAACGCGAGGGAUCGGAUCUGAGAAAGCGCAGGUGUGCCCGGGCUGCUUACAGCUGUGUUUGUGCUGCUUUCUGAAGGGGAAAGUAUCAGGAUUACCAGCAGAUGUAAAUUGAAGGACACUUCUGAUAGGUACUGGUGGGGAAGAAAGGGGGAAAGCUGCAAACUGUGAGAAUCGGGAGCUUGCGCGCAAGGCUCAGCAUAUCACUGGAUUCUACAUUUAUACCUCAAGAAAAAUGUCAUCCCAGACGAAGAUUAAGAAGGACAAGGAAAUCAUUGCGGAGUAUGAAACGCAAGUGAAAGAGAUCCGUAAUCAGUUGGUGGAGCAGUUCAAGUGCCUGGAGCAGCAAUCAGAGGCUCGGAUCCAGCUGUUGCAGGACCUGCAGGAGUUUUUUCGACGCAAAGCCGAGAUUCAGCUGGAGUAUUCUCGCAGUCUGGAGAAACUGGCUGAAAGGUUUUCAUCAAAGAUUCGCGGCCCGAGGAAAGAACAACACCUUCUCUCUUCAGUAAACUGCUGGUAUCUGGUUUUGAGCCAGACUCGAAGAGAAAGCAGAGAUCAUGCCACACUUAACGAUAUCUACAUCAACAAUGUCAUCGUUCGCCUGGCUCAGAUCAGCGAGGACGUCAUCCGGCUCUUCAAAAAGAGUAAAGAAAUUGGCAUUCAGAUGCACGAGGAGCUGGUGAAAGUGACAAACGAGCUGUACACUGUGAUGAAGACGUAUCACAUGUACCACACGGAGAGCAUCAGUGCAGAAAGCAAGCUAAAGGAGGCCGAGAAACAAGAGGAGAAACAGUUUAGCAAAUCUGGAGACCUCAACGUCAACCUCCUGCGCCAUGAGGACCGACCCCAGCGCCGCAGCUCGGUCAGGAAGAUUGAGAAGAUGAAGGAGAAGAGGCAAGCCAAGUACUCUGAGAACAAGCUGAAAUGCACUAAAGCCCGCAACGACUAUUUAUUGAACCUGGCAGCCACCAACGCCGUUGUGGCAAAAUACUACAUCCACGAUGUUUCAGAUAUGAUUGAAUGCUGUGACCUCGGAUAUCAUGCUAGCUUGGCACGCACAUUAAGGACAUAUCUGUCUGCUGAGUAUAACCUGGAGACCUCUCGCCAUGAGGGUCUGGACAUCAUUGAGAACGCUGUGGACAACCUGGACCCUCGCAGUGACAAGCACAAAAUCAUGGACAUGUACAAUCAGGUCUUUUGCCCACCCAUGCGCUUUGAGUUUCUGCCGCACAUGGGAGAUGAGGUGUGCCAGGUGAGCGCUCAGCAGCCCGUCCAGACUGAACUUCUGAUGCGUUACCACCAGCUGCAGUCCCGCUUGGCCACGCUCAAGAUUGAGAAUGAGGAGGUGCGCAAGACCCUGGAUGCCACCAUGCAGACUUUACAAGACAUGCUGACAGUGGAGGACUUUGAUGUAUCCGAUGCCUUCCAGCACAGCCGGUCCACGGAGUCCAUCAAAUCCGUGGCUUCCGAGAGUUACAUGAGCAAGUUAAACAUUGCUAAGAGACGCUCCAAUCAACAGGAGACAGAAGUCUUCUACUUCACUAAAUUCAAGGAGUACCUGAACGGCAGUAACCUCAUCAUUAAGCUGCAGGCCAAGCAUGACCUGCUGAAACAGACUCUGGGGGAAGGAGAAAGAGCCGAAUGUGGAACUACAAGACCCCCAACCCUUCCCCCGAAACCACAGAAAUUGCGGAAACCAAGGCCUCGUUCCAUCUAUAACCAUAAGCUGUUUAACGGCAAUAUGGAGAGUUUCAUUAAGGAUUCUGGUCAACCCAUUCCUCUGGUGGUGGAGAGCUGUAUACGUUACAUUAAUCUAUAUGGGCUGCAACAACAAGGCAUAUUCCGAGUUCCUGGAUCUCAGGUGGAAGUCAACGAUAUAAAAAAUUCAUUUGAAAGAGGUGAGGACCCACUGGUUGAUGAUCAGAGCGAUCAUGACAUCAACUCUGUGGCCGGCGUUCUCAAGCUGUAUUUCAGAGGGCUGGAGAACCCUCUGUUCCCCAAGGAGCGCUUCCUGGAUUUGAUCUCCACCAUCAAGCUUGAAUCGUCUGCGGAAAGAGCCCACCACAUCCAGCAGAUCAUCAUCACCCUUCCUCGUACCAUCAUCAUCGUCAUGAGAUACCUGUUUGCUUUUCUAAAUCAUCUGUCGCAGUACAGUGAUGAGAACAUGAUGGACACAUAUAACCUUGCCAUCUGUUUUGGACCCACUCUGAUGCCCAUUCCGGAUGGUCAGGACCCUGUGGCAUGCCAGGCUCAUGUUAAUGAGGUCAUCAAGACCAUCAUCAUCCACCAAGAAGCCAUCUUCCCAAGCCUGCGUGAGCUGGACGGUCCCGUCUAUGAGAAAUGCAUGACUGGAGGAGAGGAGUACUGUGACAGCCCUCACAGUGAACCAGGCACCACUGAUGAAGCCGACAACUGCACCGAACCACACACGAGCGAUGAUGAGGUGGAGCAGAUUGAAGCCAUUGCAAAGUUUGAUUACAUGGGUCGGACUCCUCGUGAGCUGUCCUUCAAGAAAGGCGCAUCCCUUCUGCUGUAUCAUCGUGCAUCUGAGGACUGGUGGGAGGGCCGACACAAUGGGGUUGACGGCCUCAUACCUCACCAGUAUAUAGUAGUCCAAGACUUGGAUGAUGCGUUCUCUGAUAGUCUGAGUCAGAAGGCUGACAGCGAGGCCAGCAGUGGACCUUUACUGGACGAUAAAGCCUCAUCCAAAAAUGAUCUGCAGUCCCCGUGUGAACCUUCAUCUGAUUACAACUUUGGUGGUGUCAUGGGCCGUGUUAGGUUGCGUUCGGACGGGUCUGCCAUUCCUCGGCGCCGCAAUGGCACUGACCCUCAUAGUCCUCCCCGAGACACACCGCCGCGGGCCGCUGCCUGUCCCAGCAGUCCUCACAAGGUGGCGCUCAGUAGGAGCCACAUAGAGAGUCCUGAGAAGAGGCGUUUGGGAACCUUUGGCAGUGCAGGCAGCAUUAACUACCCUGAGAGAAAGGUCUAUCCUGAGGGUCACCCGCUCAAGCCUGUGCAAGGAGCAACAAGACACAGCAGCCUAGGAGACCACAAGUCCUUGGAGACUGAGGCUUUAGCAGAGGAUAUUGAGAAGACAAUGAACACGGCACUUCAUGAGCUCCGUGAACUGGAACGCCAGAACACAGCCAAACAAGCUCCGGAUGUUGUUCUGGAUACUUUAGAACCGCUCAAGAACCCUGUUAGCUCAGAGCCAGCGAGUCCCUUACACACCAUCAUGAUCCGAGAUCCGGAUGCGGCCCUGAGACGCAGCAGCAGCUCCACCUCGGAGAUGAUGACCACCUUUAAACCGGCCAUGUCUGCCAGAUUUGCCGGAGCCCAGCUCAGACCUCCACCUAUGAGACCCAUGCGACCCCCGCCCACGCAGCACCGCUCCAGCAGCUCCAGCUCCUCCGGGGUGGGAAGCCCCGCUGUGACCCCCACAGAGAAGAUGUUUCCGAGCAAUGCUGCAGCUUCCUCUGCCAACUCCGGCGAGAACCCUGGGACAAUGUAGCAGCAGACCCCUGGUGCGGUGUACCUACCUGCUCUGGUGCUCAUACCAGGAAGGAAGUUCAGAAGUGCUUCUCAUUUCUUUUUGAAUUGAUUUUUUGAGCCUUUAAGAGUUGUUGAAAUGCAUCGGAGCUGUGGCAUAGUAUUCUGACCUGUCGAACCUGGUUGUGGAUGAUGUGAGUUGAGUCUGGCUCAGGUGAUUUCUCCAUUCCAUCCUUCCCAUCAUUUCCGACCCUCUCUGAAAAAAAUGUAAAUAAAAAAAACAAAAAGACAAAAAACUUUAAAAGGAAAAAAGACAAUUCAAGGAUAAAUUUCCUGCUAUGAUAAAAAGAAAGUUGGAAAAAAAUAUGAUUAAUUCCUCUUUUUAUUAUUAUUACUAUUAUUAUUAAUUUUUUUUUUUACCUCAGAAUUAAUAUUAAGUUGUCCUUUUUGGCCACAUUUUUAUGUGAACUUUAUUUAGAGCAAGAUUAAACAAGUUUCUCUCUACACUGGUUGGCCAGAAGAGUUCUGUUAUUCAGUGAAUAAACUCUCAUUGGAGGACUCUUCUAAAAUAAGUGAUAACUCCUGCCCUCCAGAACUGGACUGUACAUAAUAAUAGAACCAAGCGGUCACUCGAAUACUGUAUAACACGGCCAGCUACCUUUGAGCUGUUGUAAAUUGAGCUGUUGUAAAUAGAGAUAUAUUGUAUUUGAAAUUGUAAUGCCUUUCGUUUUUAGAAUAAGCGAUAUACAUCUAUGUAACAACAUAGCCAAGCGGUAAACAUAUAUGAGAUGCAGAAAACCAAUAUACCAACUAAUUUUAAGAAAUCUGUGGUAAAAUGUAGUUUUAAUUGUAUAUAAAUUUUGGGUAGAUUCUUUUUUUUUUAAGUGUCAAUCUUGUACAGCCGAGGACAGAACAAGCAGGGAGCAUAGAACGGCUUUUAUCAAAAACAUUUACAACCAAGAAGCAGACAAAGAAUGAAUCAAUUUUAGUCUGGUUUUAAGGCAUUCCAAUGAGCUCCAUGUUAUUGCAAGCAUCCAUCAUUUAGAUAUUUCAAAUAGUCCUGCUUUGGACAUGUAUCCCAUUUAUACUCUGUCAGCUGAUUAUAUGAAUAUAAAUGCUUGCUAAAAUAACCAGAGGACACACAGGCAACCCAAGUAAAAUGGUGAAUUGCACCAAAUGUACCCGGGACUUUUAACGAUCAUUUUUCAAAAAACAUUUAAUCGACAUAAUAAUAAUAAUAAU